GCAAUUGAAAUCGAACCGAAGCAGAAGAAAAUGAUGAAAGGAGAAUUACAAGAUUAUUUGUACCGAAAUGUGAAGAGAAGGAAUUGGGAGAGAGUGAUAGCAAAAUGUGAAGAAGAAAUAGAAGCUCUGUAUUUGUGGCUGACAGAAGCAAUGGACACAAUCUUGCAUCUGGCUGUGUACGACAAUAAUUUUGAUGUGGUUGAUAGGCUGGUGAGGCUGAUUUGUAGAUCCCAAAAAGAAGAAAUUCUUAAGCUUAAAAACGAGAGAAAAAAUACUCCCCUCCACGUCGCAGCUGCAAUAGGAUGCGUUAGAAUGUGCCAGGUUAUUGGUUCGGUCAAUAAGGAGUUAGUGGAUGAGAGGAAUAAAGACGGUGAAACGCCGCUGUUCUUGGCGGCGCUGCAUGGCCACAAGAAGCCAUUUUAUUGCCUUUAUGAUUUUUGUAGUAUGGACCCCGAUCGAGCUGCGGCCAACUGCAGGAGGAAUAAUGGAGACACCAUUCUUCAUCAUGUUCUAAGAACGGAGCAAUUUGAUGUGGCAUUUCAAUUAAUUAGCAUGAUCAAUGAGGCUGCUACCUGGGUAGAUAAAGAAGGCUACACCCCUCUCCAUGUUCUUGCAACUAAGCCAUCUGCCUUCAAAAGUGGAACCUACAUGCGCCUAUGGCAACGCAUCCUAUAUCAUUUUAUUCAGGUGUAUGAACUAAAGGCUGAAUCAACCGCAAGUCUUUACAAACCAAAAAUUGUCACCGAACAACUGAGCACUGCUUCUCAUUUUCCAAAAAACUACGCCACUUGCAUUGCUUUCAUGACAAAUUUGUGGGACUUAUUUUUAAUAAUCACCAAUUUGAAACACACGUGGAAGAAGAAAGAAAUGAACUCGUGCAACUAUAAUGAUGCUAUGGGCCCAGAUCUCGAAAAAGGUGUCAUCGAAACCCAUGAAUCAGACCCUCCCUUGGAUACUCAACCUCUCAAAAGACCUCGUGGUCAUCAAUCGGUGAUAGCAACCUCCUCGAAUGAUGUGGACGACAAAACUGAAAUUAUUGAAAUCCAUCAAUCAGACCCUCCCUUCAAUACUCAACCUCUCAAAAGAACUCGUGGUUAUCAAUCAGACAAGAAGCCCCCGAGUUCCAAUUUCCCGCAAAAUUACAAUACUUGUAUCGAUUUUUUUCAGAUUAUUCUCUCAGCCUUGUGGAUCAUUUUGGGAUGCGAAUCUGGUCAAAUUAGAAAGCUACUAGAGAUGAAACAGAAACACAAAUGGUCAGUUCAAGUAAUGGAGAAACUUCUAGAAUUCGUUCCACUCGAUAAAUAUGAAGAAACGCAGUCUGAAGAAACGCAGUCUGACGAAACGACUCCGUAUCUUUUCAUUGAAGCAGAUGCAGUCGCCUUCAAUAAAAUGGACAUAGCUGCACAACCUAAUUAUGACGAAGGAGAUAAAGUGAAUGCUUUUAGAAAGGAUUCGGCAAUGUUAUUAGCAGCAAAGAACGGGGUGGUUGAGAUGGUGAGCAAAAUAUACGAAAAAUUUCCACUGGCGAUUCGUGAUAGUAAUCGAGACCAGAAGAAUGUGGUUCUUUUGGCUGCAGAGUAUCGACAACCGGAUGUUUACAAGUUUUUACUUAAAAAAAAAAAUCAUCUUGAACCCUUGUUUCGAGCCGUGGAUAGGAACGGUGACAGCGCCUUGCAUCUUGCGGCUCGCCUCAAAACUCGUAAUUCUUGGCGCAUCAAAGGAGCUGCCUUGCAAAUGCAAUUGGAAGUUAAGUGGUAUAUGUAUGUGAGGGAUUCAGUGGAAACCCAUUUCUUCCCCCGAUACAACAACAAGGGAAUACUUGCAAGAGACAUCUUUUGCGCCACCCACAACGAGCUAGGAAAAGAGGGUUUGGAGUGGCUGACCAACACCUCCGAGUCAUGCUCUGUACUCGCUGCUCUGGUUGUGACUGUAGCCUAUGCUUCGGCUGCCACCGUCCCUGGUGGCAACGGGGACCAUGGCACACCGCCAUUUAUAAAGGAGACUGGAUUUCUUAUCUUCUCCCUGGCUUCCCUCAUUGCUCUCUGCUCCUCCACAAUUUCAUUGAUCAUGUUUCUAGCAAUUUUGAGCUCGAGAUUUGACGAAGUAGACUUCGGCUUGAAGUUGCCUAAUAGAUUGUUCGUGGGCCUUUUCUCACUUUUCUUCUCCAUCGUUGCGAUGUUGGUUUCGUUUUGUGCUGGCCACUAUUUUCUGCUUAGUCGUCACCUUCAAAGUAUUGCAUUUUUCAUCUACAUUGCAACUUCUCUCCCCGUCGCAUUAUUCUUUGUUAAGGUGCAACUUCCCCUUAUCUGUGAUCUACUCUUUGUCAUUCUCAGUAAGAUACCUAAAAGGAGCAAUGAUGUCAUAUUAAUUGAUGACUCUACCCUAAAUUAGGUCGAGAAAAAUACUUAAACAUUGCUCAAACAAAAAUCUAUUACCUAAUAUAGGACAGGGUCCUUAAUCCUCGAGCCUGCCUUGCUUCCGCUCCCAUUUACUUCUUUUUGUUUUUGUUUUCUUUUUUUAAAUAACAUGUAUAUAUAUUUGGGUGGCAGACCUCUCGCUUAUCAACCCAACCACUAUGCUAUUUUGGCACAUAUACAAACAUGUUAUGUUUGGAUCAUUUGUGAUUAUUGAUGAUAAUAUUUGAAUUUAAAGUUUUAUUGUUCAAUCA